AAUUAACUUUUCACAUGUGUUGGUCUGGGAAGUUGACCUCGAAAUCUUCAUUCAAGCUGUGCUUAAACAGAAGUCUUACUUUGCGAGGAAAAACGCCCUGAAACGUGCAGACAUUUUAGUCAUUCCAAAUGGACGAACACCGGUGUAAAUUGUUUUUGAAAACAACGUGAAACGCAAAAAUUCACAACGGGAAUCGAUCGCUCCUAGAACAAGAGGAUGUUUGCCCGAGAAUUCAACCACAAGGUUUAUUUUCCAUCGAGGGGUCUUCCUGAAAGAGUGCGCUUCCUCGCUCAAUCCAUGUUUACAUGCGAACGAAAACGAUCGCCUCACUAGUUAUCUCAAGGCCUCACGAUGAAGACCACCGAUCGGAUAAACCUCUGUUUGUGCGUGUAAACAUUUUACAACACGAGUGAAUGAAUGAAACUGACCUAAUGAUGGUAGUUAGUUAUUGCGGCGCCUGAGUUGUGGAAUUCUCACAGAUGUAAGUGACACAAAUUUGACUUGAUUUAUUGCUUGCUUCCGUCGCUCGUGAGACGCAGAUUACAUGUGUAUUACUUUUCAUUAAUUGCGGAGUUUAACGGGAUAUUUAGAAAAUGAUGCGCUCUUCUACGCGAUCACCGGUGAUUUUGCUGCUAUUUUUGUUAACGGUACCUAAACUCUCAAAACCCUGUAUUCAACUGCUCGAUGGCUGGAAGCAACUAAGCGCCGGGGAGCGUGCUAAACUUGUCCAAGUGGUGUUCAUUGGGAAAGUGGUGAAUCUCUACUCGUACGAUGCAACAUCAACGCAUGCGGCAGAUUUCGAAGUGUGGAAAAUUCUCAAGGGAAGCAAGUUCGUGGAAGAGGUUUUGGAAAUGCAGUCUUCCCCACUGGUGAUAGUUUAUGGCUUUGGCGAGAAGAUGCAUUGUCUCUCGCCAGUAAAUCCAGGAGAAGUUCAUAUGGUAUUCAUGGUUUACGCAAAUGAAUCUCGUGCGCUUAUAGCCAGAUACGAAGAUGUAUUUGGGGCCACCGCACCGGCUACGGCCAAAAACGAGGAAGAAGUACUGCUGGCCUUAGGUUGGAAACCUUGGUCGAGCUGGAGUCGCUGCAAUAAAAACUGUGAUGUGGGUGAACAGUUUCGCACAAGAGAAUGUGUGAAUAAAGAAUGCGAUGGCAGCUCUCGAGAAUCAAGGAAGUGUAACGAGUUUGAGUGCUAUGGUUUAAAGGACAUAGCUCGACACAUCCGAGAGGAUCAGAUUCCACCCCUUUCAAAACACGACAACAUAAAAGUAGAAAACGGAGUCUUCAAGUCCAUACCAGUUUCAAAAGUGUUUCGAUAUUACAAUUACUUCCCGGACGACUUUUCUAUUUUAUUUUCAUUUCGUGUCAUAGCUCUUACAAACAUUUACCUAGUGGCUAUGCACGAUCACCGCAAAUCUUUGAGGUUAGGAGUAAGAAUCACACCAGAUCUGGUGAUUUUUGAAUUCGAGAAAAGCUCUGCCAUUCAAUUUCGCGGAGGGUCGCUGGACUUUCCUGUGAGAGUAAAAAAAGACCAAUGGCACACCCUGGGUAUAAGUAUCCAGGAACGAAACGUCACAGCCUAUUGGGACUGCGCGAGGAUUGGGUCCAAGAACUUACAAGAAAAGUUUUCAUUCGUUACGGAUGCUAUGGGUAAAAUCAGCGUCGGGGAACCACUGCUUGUGUCGUCCAUAGAGAGAUACGAGGUUGAGGUCAGCGAGUUGUACUUCGUACCAGAUCCCGGCGCAUCAAGACAACAGUGCGACCCUCCAAUAUUCAAACCAGUCUUUCACGCUCACGAAAUAGAAGGUAGUGGUGGAGUAAGUGCUUCGGAAAUCUACGGGAAAGAAGGCUCCGGUACGCCAAAUUAUGUUGAAGAUUCUGAAAAUGAAGUCGAGAUCUCUUGGUCGGAAUGGUCACAAUGCUCUAAGACUUGCGGUAAAGGCCGAAGGCAACGCUUAAUGACGUGUAAUUUCGAAAACGGUCGGCCAACAGAAGAGUGCCUUCAAGCCCUCCAAAUGUUUGAGGUCAAAGAUUGUUACUUACAAGACUGCCCAGCCAAGUGUGAUCUUCCGUGUUUAAACGGCGGAUUCUGUAUCAGUCGUAAUAAAUGUCGCUGUCAGCCUGGUUACCAUGGUGACGUCUGUGAAAAAGUGGAGUGCAAGAUUCAUUGUCGUAAUGGCGGCACUUGCGUGGGACCCUACAAGUGUAAUUGCCCGUCAGGAUAUGGGGGAACACAGUGCGAGAAAGUACUGUGCACUCCACCAUGUCAAUAUGGCGGCAGGUGUAUCAAGCCCAAUGUGUGUCAAUGUUUUCAUGGUUUUACGGGGCCGUAUUGCAGGCCCUCCUGCAGCCCGCCUUGCCUCAAUGGCGGCGUGUGCGUGGGUUCAAACGAAUGUCGCUGUGCCAAAGGUUUCACUGGAGAAUCUUGCCUUCAAGCAUUAUGCAACCCGCCCUGCAUGCAUGGCGGCGUAUGCUAUCAGCCAAACAAAUGCUCCUGUCCAUUCGGCUGGCACGGGAAGAGCUGCGAAAAAGCGCGUUGUUAUCCGCAUUGUCGAAAUGGAGGGACCUGUUGGAGAGGAAAAUUCUGCCUUUGUUCCAAGGGAUAUUAUGGUUAUUACUGCCAAAACGUUCUCGCUGUAAGGUCGUAUUAGUGGGAAGGCACGAGAGUCAAUGAACAAGACAAUAAGACAAAUUUCAAGAAACGUUCCUUUAAUUUCCCAAAGGGAAGAAGAUAAUAGAAUCUUUAAGUUUAACUUAUGUUUCACAAAAAGGAAGGAAAUUUUCUCACAAAGUCUCGGCAUUUUAGAUGCUUUUAAGAUGUUGGACCAAAAAAAUGAGUCUGGAUAGGUCUACAACUGCAAGCGCCCCAAAGAUUUCUUCUUCCUUUUUGCGUGACUGCGUGACAUGUAAUUCCCUGUGUGACAGAUUGCGAUUUUAACACGCGUUUCCCUUAAAUAAUUGUCGCAUCAUUUUUAGAGAAACUAACUAACUAAAAGCGCUUGUACAUAGAUACUGCCGUUCGGUAGGUUCGUUUGUUAUUCAGGAUAACAUCAGUUUGGAAAGUUCUGCAAUCAGAUUUGUAAAUAGUCGCAAACGGUACGUCGUGAAACAAUUGUCCAACUUUUUGUCUGGGACGAAAUAACUGAUAUCAAACGCAAAUUCGUUUUGUUUGCAAUCUCUCUCUUAAUGUUAUGGAGGAAAAUAAAAUUGAAGAAUAGUUUAA